GCCAGUUGCUCAGUCACUUAGUCAGUUGGGUGAAAUGGUUUUGUUGUCGUUACUUCUCCUCCUCGCACUGUCCGGCUUUGUGGAAUCUUUAGACAUCGGCGGAGGACACGACUUCAUUGAGUCGACCUUCGCGUAUUAUAAGAAAUCAAAAAUUUCAGCAACUGCACCUUGCAUGCUUCCCUUGGAUGUAAUAUGCGAGCGUCGUGCUAAAUACUGCGCCGCUUUCCAUGUUGGGAAACACUUUUACGCUACGUCUGCCCACUGCUUGGUGGGGGACGAUGGUUACAUCGACAAACCGGACGAGCUGGAAAUCGUCGGCGUGGGAAAAGUGAACGUUACCAUUGCUUUGCACCACAAUUUCGCCAACAUGACGGGACCGGGUGUGGCAUGGAUCCACUACAAACGCACAAAUGAGGUUCCUACGGUGCGAGUCGCAGAAAAUGAACCCAUAGAUUGCAAAACCUUCAAAUUGGAAGUAUACAACGCCACUGCUCCGGGAAUGCACGCCGGAAUUCGGUGGACCAAUGUGCCACAAAUGCCGCGGGCUUUCAAUAUCGUACAGAGCAGCACGGGAAAGCAGUACAACCCUACUAUCCCGUAUGCAGUGUUCAGCUUCAACCAGACCAGCGAAUAUCACGUUAUCCUCUGCACGGCAAAAGAAUCGGGAGGUGCUUUCGAGAAUCAUUAUAUGCAUAUCGGUACAAUCGGGGACAAUCUAGUGACCAUCGAUUGCCAUCUGGCGAAGUGUGGGUACGUUGCUCCGGAGAAUAUGAUAAUCCUAUCUACAACCACAACGACGACCACAGCUCCAACGACGACCAGCACUUCAACGACGACCAGUACUUCAACGACGACCACAACUCCAACUAUUACAACUGGUGUUCCAUUUGUUACCCGGAAAACUACGACGAUGAAAACAACAUCCAAACCCAAGUACAACUGGGGUACCUUACCUACUCAGUCAUACGCAAAUUAUCGCCACUUGGAAAAUCCCCCAUGGGCUGCUUGGUCCCCCGGAUACAGCACACCACAGGUUAAACCAAUUGGAGCAAGUGUCGCCAGUACCGAAACGUGGUCUCCAGAAGUCGACGAUGAGGAGCACGAACUCGAUGAUUCGGAAGAAGAGAAUGAUUCGGAGAAAGAGGAUGAUUUGGAAGAAGAAGAUGAUUCGGAAGAAGAGGAUGACUCGGAAGAUGAGGAUGACUCGGAAGAAGAUGAGGCCAGAGGAGGUCUCCCGGAUGCUGAGAUGGAUGAUAUUCCCUGGGAGUGGUCCCCAGAUAAUAGCGCUGUGAAGUUUGAUGAAAAGAUCACUGACAACAAAGAUCGUUCAGUUAUGCCGACCGAAAAUCACCCGAUUGUUACGACUGGAUAUACGCCGAUUAUAAUGCCUGUCGCCAGUACUGAAACGCACGUGGAAUCAACAAAGUUUGUCCAAAAUAAUACUGUAGAAAAGUCUAAGCAAAACGAAGGUCCAGUGUCGAAAAAUAGUUCAAAGGCUACGACCGUCGUAACUGUUUUAUUGGAAAAAAGAAGAAAACAGAUAGAAAAAACUCAAAUUGAUCAAAAAAAUAAUUCAAAUACUAAAAAUAAUUCAUUUCCAUCAGAUAUUAUUGCUCGGGUAUUGCCCACCCCACUUGAAAGACGAAACAAAAAUAUCAACAAGGGUAAAAGAUGUAAAACACACAGAUGUAAUUGCCAAUUACGCCAAAAUCAGUGUUCUGUUGCCCAUUGUGAUAGCUGCACGCCUGCGGGUAAUCAUCGAUUUGACAGCAGUAUCAAGGACUCUUCAAGAUCAUAUUACCUAGAUGAAGAAGAUCGACAAUCUCUUGCAGCUGUCCUCAAACUAUCGUCUGAUGAAAGCAAUCAAGUUAUGCAUCAGGUCCCAGACUCAAUUGAGAACACUAUUCCACGUGAACGACAUGGUACGGAAACUAGUCGAAGCCUAAAUGGAAAAAAUCGGAAACAGAAUUUCAAGACGUCAACCACGAAGAGCAAACCCGAACAUAACUCAUUUUCCCGAACAAAUACUUUCGAUGAGCAAACUGAGCAAAAUCCAACAUUUUCGUACGGAGCAAGUAUCGUUGACAUGCAAUCGGCAAUCAUUCACACAAUUUUGAGCAUUUUGCUUGCCUUUUUGUUAUCAUAUUGAUUGAUUUAAUUAUACAUUAAAAAUGCAGUGAGUAUUGUAUUCAUUAUU